AUGACCCGUGAGUGCCGGACACGCGGGUCCCGCGCGCCCGCCCCGCACCCCACGGACCGCACCGGGCGCGUCCACGCGCGUGGGGCCGCGGGGCCCGGGCAGCGGCGGCCGCGCCUCAAACCGCAAACGGCCCCGGCGCACCUGCCCGCCCGCGGGCACGCGUGGGGGCGGCGGGCAGGGCGGGAGCGGGGUCGGGGCACGCGUGGGGCCGCCCAGGCUCGGGUGGGCCCCCCACGCGCGGGGGCUCCGCAGGUGCCGCCGCCGCCGCCGCCGCCCCUGACUCAGCCCCGCAUCAAAGUUUCCAAAGGCCGGGACCGCACAGGACGCGCGGCCGCGCCCCCCGCCCGCAGCCCCCACCCCAGCCCGCCGGCGACGGAUUUCACCCCUUUUCGCCCCAUUUCCCCCAAAUCCCCGAAAUUCCCCUCAAUUCCCAAAUCCCCGAAUUUUGGGAGCCGCGAAUUGCCGGAAACUCCGCCAAAAUCGCACAAAAAUUCGGGGGCUCCGUUCAGGGCGCUGCUGACCCUCCUGGGGCUCUGGCCGGGGCUGUGGCCGGGCCCGGGGGUCGCCCUCGCCCCCCGCCCGCGCCCCCCGAGCCCCCCGGACCCGCGCGGGGACCUGGACAGCGUCAUCCACCUGGCCAAGGCGCUGCUGGGGGACACCAGGGCGCUGCUGGAGCUGCUCAAGUCGCGAUUCCCGGCCGAGGGGGAGCACAAGAUGGACUCGCUGCCCGUGCUGGCCAUGAGCGCGCUGGAGCUGCCCAACAUCCAGGCCUCCUCGCUCCUGCCCCGGCUCGGCUCGGACCUGCUGCGCUACCAGCGCCUGCUCGAGUGGCUGCGCCGGGCGGGGGCGGCGCUGCGGGGCCUGGAGCCGCCGCUGGGGGCGCUGCGGGGGCGCCUCGAGCGCCUGCGGGGCCGCCUGGAGCACCUGGUGUCCCGGCUGUCGCUGCCGCGCCCCGCCCCCUCGCCAGGUGUGACCCCGCCCCCGCAGGUGACGCCGUGGGGGGCGGUGCGCGCCGCGCAUGCGCUGCUGCGGGGGCUGCACCUGUACCUGGACUGGGCCGCGCGCGCGCUCGUCCUGCUGCGCAACCGCCUCUGACCCCGCCCUAAUUUAUUCUAAAUUAUUCUAAUCUAUGCAAAACAGCCCCGCGCCGCCCUCCCGGGCCCGCGGAAAUCGGAAUUAUUAUUGAUUAAUAAUUAAUGUCGAUGUUUUAUUGGGUUUAAUGAUAUUUUUAUUGUUAUUGUCGUUAUUUUUAUUGUUAUUGUCGUUAUUUUUAUUAUUA